AUGAAAUCUCAGAAGGUCCGUAGGAGACCCGAGUCCUGCCACGCCUAUCACCCUCAGGUCAGCACCCGUUGGCUUACUACAACACAAGAACCAUUACUGACCACCUACUUCUGUGUUGGACUACUAGGUGGAACAGCCAUUCUGUUAGAAGGAACAACGUUACAAUGUGAUGGACUACUAGGUGGAACAACCAUUCUGUUAGAAGGAACAACGUUACAAUGUGAUGGACUACUAGGUGGAACAACCAUUCUGUUAGAAGGAACAACGUUACAAUGUGAUGGACUACUAGGUGGAACAACCAUUCUGUUAGAAGGAACAACGUUACAAUGUGAUGGACUACUAGGUGGAACAACCAUUCUGUUAGAAGGAACAACGUUACAAUGUGAUGGACUACUAGGUGGAACAGCCAUUCUGUUAGAAGGAACAACGUUACAAUGUGAUGGACUACUAGGUGGAACAACCAUUCUGUUAGAAGGAACAACGUUACAAUGUGAUGGACUACUAGGUGGAACAACCAUUCUGUUAGAAGGAACAACGUUACAAUGUGAUGGACUACUAGGUGGAACAACCAUUCUGUUAGAAGGAACAACGUUACAAUGUGAUGGACUACUAGGUGGAACAACCAUUCUGUUAGAAGGAACAACGUUACAAUGUGAUGGACUACUAGGUGGAACAACCAUUCUGUUAGAAGGAACAACGUUACAAUGUGAUGGACUACUAGGUGGAACAACCAUUCUGUUAGAAGGAACAACGUUACAAUGUGAUGGACUACUAGGUGGAACAGCCAUUCUGUUAGAAGGAACAACGUUACAAUGUGAUGGACUACUAGGUGGAACAACCAUUCUGUUAGAAGGAACAACGUUACAAUGUGAUGGACUACUAGGUGGAACAGCCAUUCUGUUAGAAGGAACAACGUUACAAUGUGAUGGACUACUAGGUGGAACAGCCAUUCUGUUAGAAGGAACAACGUUACAAUGUGUUGAUAUCAGGAUCUCCACGGUGUCUUUCAUCUGAGUUUUACUGUUUGACUCCAAAGACUUUUAUGAUGCUUUAUAGUUUUCAGCUAAAUUCAUGCAUUCAAUUAUUAUAUUUUUCAUGACAUAAUCUGUUCUUUCUAAUUCAAAUGACUUGAAUGAAAUGAUUAUAAAAUGCAUCAUUGAGAAUAAUAGGAUGGGAUACUACUAGUAUUGCUGCUGGACAUUAAACACUACUGUCAGAUGUUACUGUCUAGUGAUUUUCUAAGUGGUGUUUUUAUCAGUCUGUCCCUUUCACUUUGACAGUGAUGCUCUAAUGAUGUCAUGUCAUCAUGUGGUAACUGUCCUCAUGAUGCAGUAUUGUUGAUAAAAGAUGUUGUUGCCUGUGUGUAUGUAUGUCAUGUGAUGUCCUGAGUCCUGUGUGUCUGGCUUGUGUCCCACAUGGUACCCUUUAACCCUAUGUAGUGCACUACUUUUGACCAGGGCCCAUAUGGAAUAGGGAACCAUUUGGAACACAGCCUGAGAGUCUAGAAGGCAAUAUGAUUCUCACAGCACAGUUUGAUUGACAUGUAGGAUAAUCUGCAAUGGGUCAAUAAUAAUACAAUGAAUAAACUUCCCCUUUAUUUUAAAGUU